CAGACAGCAGACUCAUUCCUUAUUGUCUGCCCUAGCCUUCCAUAGGGACGCCGGGAGUUGUAGUUCUGCGACUUGUAGACCCCCUCCUGGCUGGCACGUCGGGACCUUACGGAGUGGCAGCAUCCUCCCCAGCUGGCACAGACCCUCCUGAGGAUGCUGCUGGCCAAGCGCUCAGUGGCAGAGCCCUCAGAGCUCGCGGGCCGGCAGCUCUGGUGACCUAGGUUCAGUCCCCGGGUGAGUGCGGGCACAAGGGCUGUAUCAAAAAUGGUCUGGCAGAGUGCUUGGUCUGGAGAUUUAAUGCUACAAUGAGGACACACACACGGGGAGCCCCCAGUGUGUUUUUCAUAUAUGUGCUUUGUUGUGCCUUUGCACAUGGCUCCGAUGUCAGCACAAAUGCUCAAAUCCCGUUUCUCAAUGCUAAGUAUGAUGGAUACCCCAUGCUGUACUUUUCAGAGGGUGAGGUGGAGAAGCUGCGCACCCAAGCUGCAAGCACCCAUCAGCACAUUGCAUCACGCAUUAAUAAAGCCGUUUAUACUAUGCUCACCAAUCCCUCUGCAUACCUCCCACCUUGGGAUCCAAAGGACUUCUCUGCCAGAUGGAAUGAAAUUUAUGGAAACAACUUGGGGGCAUUGGCGAUGUUCUGUGUCUUGAAUCCUGACAACACUGAAGCACUUGGCCUGGCAAGAGAAUACAUGGAAAGAAUGGCAGCACAGCCUAGUUGGUUAGUGAAGGAUGCUCCGUGGGAUGAGGUUCCCCUGGCACACUCUCUUGUAGGCUUUGCCACGGCUUACGACUUUCUCUACAACUCUUUCUCUAAACACCAAAAAGAGAGGUUUCUUGAAGUAAUUGCAAAUGCUUCAGGUUACAUGUAUGAAACCUCAUACAGGAGAGGGUGGGGAUUUCAGUAUCUCCACAACCAUCAGCCUACUAACUGUGUAGCUCUACUAACAGGAAGCCUGGUCAUGAUGAAUCAAGGAUAUUUACAAGAAGCUUACUUCUGGACAAAACAAGUUCUAACCAUCAUGGAAAAAUCCAUAGUCCUGUUGAAUGAUGUGACAGAUGGGUCACUUUAUGAAGGUGUGGCUUAUGGCAGCUAUACAACAAGAUCUCUCUUCCAGUAUAUGUUUCUUGUCCAAAGGCAUUUUGAUAUCAAUCAUUUCAACCAUCCUUGGCUAAAAGAACACUUUGCUUUUAUGUACAGGACUGUCUUGCCAGGUUUUCAGAGAUCAGUUGCCAUAGCCGAUUCAAACUACAAUUGGUUCUAUGGUCCUGAGAGCCAGCUGGUGUUUUUGGAUAAGUUUGUGAUGAGGAAUGGCAGUGGCAAUUGGCUGGCGGAACAGAUUCAACUAAACAGAGUCCAGGAAGGACCUGGGACCCCAGCCAAGGGUCAACGUUGGUGUACUCUGCACACAGAGUUUCUUUGGUAUGACGCAUCAUUGCCAUCUACACCUCCACCAGACUAUGGUACUCCUAAAUUGCAUUUUUUUGAAGACUGGGGUGUGGUGACCUAUGGGAGUUCUCUACCAGCUGAAAUCAACAGGCCUUUUAUCUCCUUCAAAUCUGGAAAGCUUGGUGGCCGAGCAAUAUUUGAUAUUGUUCACAAAAACAAAUACAAUCAGUGGAUCAAAGGAUGGAGAAACUUUAAUGCUGGGCAUGAACAUCCAGAUCAGAAUUCCUUCACGUUUGCACCAAAUGGAUUUCCUUUUAUAACAGAAGCUUUAUACGGACCAAAAUAUACUUAUUUAAACAAUGUCUUAAUGUUUUCCCCAUCCGUUUCAGAUUGCUGCUUUUCUCCGUGGGAAGGUCAGGUGACAGAAGAUUGUACUUCAAAAUGGCUUAAAUAUAAGCAUGGUGAAGCUGCAGACUCUCACGGAAGGGUGACUGCAGCAAUGGAAAAAAGUGGAGUUGUUUUCAUAAGGGGUGAAGGGGUUUCAGCCUACAGCCCAGCACUAAAGUUGAAAAGCGUUCAAAGAAAUCUUGUCCUACUCCAUCCACAGCUGCUGCUACUUGUUGACCAUAUUCACCUAGACCACGGUAGUACUUUGGAGGCAACAACAACUUUUUUCCACAAUGUAGACUUGCCUUUUGAGGAAACCUCUAUUGAUGGUGUUCAUGGUGCAAUAAUUAGGCACAGAGAUGAAAUAUAUAAAAUGUAUUGGAUGGAUGACACUGGCUUGAGUGAGAAAGCCAUCAUCACCUCCGUAAACUACCCACAAGGUUACCCUUAUAAUGGAACUAACUAUGUGAAUGUUACUACCCAUCUCAGGAAGCCAAUCACAAGAGCAAUAUACCUUUUUAUUGGACCAUCUGUUGAUGUUGAGAGUUUUAGUGUCCAUGGAGACUAUCAGCAAGUCGACGUGUUUCUGGCAACUAGUGAUCAUGCUUACGCUGUCUACCUCUUCACUGGGGAAACACCAAGUGAGUCAAUUUAUGCUAAAGUAGUUGCAGACAGACAGAGAAUUGUGUUUGACAAAAGUUCAUCCAUCAAAAGCUCUUCACCAACUGAAGUAAAGGAUUAUGUGGCCAUUUUAGAGCAGCAUCUCCAACACUUCAAACCAGUCUUCCAGCAACUGGAGAAACAAAUCUUGUCGCAUGUAAAGAACACCGCUAGUUUUAGGCAGACUGCUGAGCGGAUUCUUAGGUUUUCCGAUAAAAGAAAUACAGAGGAGGCAAUUGAGAAGUUAUUUUCUAUUUCUCAGCAGCAGAGGCAACCAGACAAGGUGAAAAAAAACAAAAAGGGACCAAGAAAGUACAAGUUUAUUAAUGCUGUUCCAGACAUUUUUGCACAAAUAGAAGUGAAUGAAAAGCAGACAAGACAAAAGGCCAUGGCUCUAGCUCAAAGUGAAAUUCCAAUAAAUGAGGAUGAAGAAAUGAAAGACCUUCUGGAUUUUGUAGAUGAGCCAUCAGUAAAGCAGAAAUCUAGCCCUCCUAACAGGCAUGGCUCCAUGUGGACGACACAUUAUAACAAGCCUUCAUCAAUAUCUGCUUCUUAUACAAGACUUUUUUUAAUCCUAAAUAUUGCCAUUUUUAUAGUGCUCUUAGCAUUACAAUUGUCACGAUUUUUGAGGACUAAAAAUGUCUAUAGAAAGAGGUUUCUUUAUGUCAUACUGUCUGUUGAUUGCUGUAUAUUAUUUUGGCUUUAUUCCUCAUGUCAUCGGACACAGUGUUAGAACAGGAAGAUCUUUAAAUCUAUGCAAAAUUGGGACAUCAACAGCAUUGAGUGCAAAUUGUUUGCAAUUCUUUGUAAAAUGGUAAUAUUAUAAAAACGUUUAUAUCUGGACAUGUUUUAUAAAGGGAAACUCACUAUAAAAUAUGAAUGGACUACUCUGAAUGUUUACUUGUUCGGUCAAUACUACAGACAGGAAAAUACAUUUUGUUUUGUUUGUU